UUUUCUCUUUUUCUUUUUAUUUGAUAAAAUAAGUUGACACUUGCUGUUUGUUAAUCAUGGAACGUUCAGUGACGAUUGAUUUACCUGUUGAACAAGUAGCUAAAGUAGUGAAGCGACAUCUUGUUUAUCAUCCAGCCUCUUCUUCUUCUUCUCUCAUUCCGCCACGUCCUUCUCGCAAACAACGCCAACAACAACGCAAACAGAAACAACAACAACGCAAACAGAGUCUAUUACAGACGAAAUCCCCUACUUAUAACUCACAUCACUUGUUACCGGGAGGAUCCAUAUUGGACGAAAUAUACAAAUGGACUGCUCAAGUGGAAAAUAAACAACAACGUAGAACAAGGACUCAGUCAAUCUCUUUACCUGCUAUUCGUGAACCCACUGUAGAUAUUUCACUUCAAUCACUCAAACAACCCGGAGGUUUCAGACGCCAUUUCGUACUGAGUAAAGCCGCUCAACAAGGCAAAAAGCCCCCUAAUUUCGUUACCAGUAGUUUUGUCGAAUUUUUAUGCCUCUAUGGUCACUUUGGUGGCGAAAAUCUUUCAGAUGCCGAAUCCUCUUCGGAUGAUGACGAUUCUUCGCUCAAUACAAGCGAGGAGGAAGAAAAUAGCGAGGGAGAGGAUGCACCGGAGGGAAGCAUCAUGGCUUAUCGUGGUCCUCCUCUCAAUAAUGCUUCCUAUGUAUCCUAUGGCACCACCAAUGAUCAACCCUUAUUACCUUUACCUACAAGCUCUUCCAAGAGACCGCUUGUACCACUACAAUAUAAACAAUUACAAGUAAGAGAAACACAGCCCUUAUUGUCUAGAUCACGUCCUGGUCAGACUCUGCAAGGAAAGGCAACUCCCGGAAAAGCCAUGUUCCUCUUAUUAAAGUCAUUUGUUACUACCGGCAUCAUGUUCUUACCCAAAGCUUUCUAUAAUGGUGGCAUCAUAUUUUCAAUUUUUGCUAUUACUGCCUGGGCCUUAAUAUCACUCUGGUCCUUCUUACUGUUGGUCCAGACUCGUUUGGCCGUCCCUGCCAGUUUUGGAGAUAUGGGUGGAGUCCUCUAUGGAUCUCGCAUGAGGGUGGCUGUUCUUGUUGCCAUCACUUUGUCACAGAUAGGCUUUGUUUGUGCCUACAUGAUCUUUGUCGCUGAAAAUCUACAAUCGCUUGUCUUGACCUUCUCCAAGUGUCGCGUCUCACUUCCUAUGCAUCUCUUGAUCCUGGCCCAAAGUUUUGCCUUCAUCCCUUUAGCCAUGAUUCGAAAAAUCCAACGUUUGUCUGUAUUUGCCCUGAUUGCGGAUGUGUUUAUUGUUAUUGGAUUGAUCUAUUUGUUCUAUUACGAUAUUAAGGAAUUGGCUACGGUCGGUAUGGUGCACGUCGAAAUGUGGAACCCACACCAUUUCCCAUUGUUUAUUGGUACUGCUGCGUUUACGUUUGAGGGUAUUGGAUUAGUUAUUCCUAUUACUGAGUCAAUGAAGGACCCCAAAAAGUUUCCACGUGUGUUAACUAGAGCGCUUACUGUGAUUACCUGUUUGUUUAUUACAAUGGGUACACUUUCGUAUAUGACAUUUGGUGAGAAUGUGGAGACCAUCAUCUUGUUAAAUCUACCUAGUAAGGAUCCCAUGGUGUCUUCGAUUCAAACGCUUUAUUCUUUAGCGAUCUGUCUGUCGAUCCCGUUGCAAUUGUUCCCGGCUAUUCGUAUUAUGGAAAAUGGCUUGUUUACUACCAAAUCCGGAAAGAACAAUGCAAUUGUCAAGUGGCAGAAAAAUGUGUUCCGCGUAUUUGUUGUUUUUCUCUGUGCAGGGAUUGGCAUCGUUGGAUCCAAGGACAAAUUGGAUAAAUUUGUGUCUUUAGUGGGUGCACUAUUUUGUAUCCCGCUUUGCUUUAUUUUCCCUCCUCUCUUUCAUCUCAAGGCGCUGGAAUUACCUCCCACAAGACGUCUGGCCAACUAUGCCCUCAUCACUUUUGGUCUUGUCUGUAUGAUUUUUGUCACCUUCUCUACUCUGAGUCAAUGGAACUCGGCAGAGCCUACAGAUCCAGUUAAACAAUGUAUUGUUCAUAGGACUUGAUUUAUACCUUUUUUUACCCCCACCCAUUUCCCCCACCUUUUUUUUCCCCCAUCACGUAUACCACACACAUUUCUUAAUAAAAAAAUAAAAAAAAGAGCCUCCC